AUGGUGAGGGGUAAAGGCUACCUUCGCCUUUGUCACUGCAGAAACGAGAGGCAGCGACUGGAUUUGAAACAGGAGCAGAUUCCGCAACAACCCCCCAUCGACUUGACAAACGGGGGCCAGCGCGCAGUCUCACUCCCCGUCCGCGUCCUGCUCAGUCCCUUCAAGAUGCUCUCGGUCAAGGGACCUGGAGCUCCGCCUGCUGCCGCAAUGCAGGAUCAGGACGAGGACCAAGAAAGCUUCGGCCUAUACCUUGCGGACGAGACAAAGUCUCAGUGCAAGCUCAGUGUCGUCUCAACUCUUCCCGACAUCGAUCCCGAGUACCUGACCCGUGUCUGCACUGAGGCUCAAUGGGAUGCGAACCGCGUCAUAGACCAAAUUUUUGACCAAAUCGAGAAAGGUAAACCGUAUCCAAAGGUGCCAAAGCCAAAUCUCUUGAAAAGAAAGCGAGAUGACGAGGAGGAGCCGUCCGGCCCGGACGAAACCGCCGCCAAGUUCGACAACGAGGAGCGACGGCGACAACUGAAGGCUGCCUCAUAUAAAAAGACUUGUGAUAUGAUCAUGCAGCAGUCUUUCCCUGAAUUCUACGCUGAAGACCUGAGAAGAACGUUUGCUGAACACGGCAACUGUCUGUAUCCUGCAUUUCUGGAAGUGGCUGCGACUGUUGCUAGCAGCAACAACCGUCCGCCCUACCGAAAAAAAUCUAGAGUCACCCAAAUCCCCCGCAGAUACGAUGUGGAUGCCCUGGCCGACCGCAUACAAGCCUCUGCUGACCAAGGGGAACGCGAGGCUUUGGAGGAGUUCCGGGCCUUGAGAGAAGUUCAGGCCAAACAGCGCGCAGAAUCCGAGGUCGAACGGAAACGAGAAGAAGACGAAAAGAACAACUUGCAAGUCGCCAUGCUCGAGGGCAACAUCGCUGACUGCGGAUGUUGCUUCGUAGAAUAUGCUCUGAAUCGCAUGGUCCAUUGCGAUGGAGAGAGCCUGCACUGGUUCUGUCGAGAUUGUGCAAGGAUGAUGGCCGAAACCCAGAUCGGACUGUCGAAGUACCGCCUGGACUGCAUGUCCACAGAUGGUUGUACGGGCGGCUUUGCCAUGGGCCAGAAGGAGAUCUUUCUCGAUGCACACUCCAUGACAGCUCUGGACCGCAUCGAGCAAGAGGCCGUUCUGCGAGAAGCAGGAAUUGAGAACCUCGAAACAUGCCCGCAGUGCCCGUUUGCCGCGGAGUAUCCCCCCAUUGAGGAGGACAAGGAAUUCCGCUGCCUCAAUCCAGAUUGUGCUAUAUCCAUCAUCGUCACCACCAUCACCACCACCGGGCAGGCGGUCGCCUGGGAAGAUUGGUACGCUUCAACGUUGGCAACAUACUUGAGCGGGCUGGCGACCAUUUACUCGGACAAGCUCAGCCACCGCCAAAUCCACAAGCACAACCUCAACUACCUCUUCCUCCUCCUCCUGCUUCUCCUGCUGCUGCUGCUGCUCCCCCUCCCCCUCACCGGCCGCAACCCUGGCAUCAACCGCCUGCAGUGA